AAACGUUAGUUCAAUGUUAAGUUCGCGGUCGGGCGACAUCGCGACUGCGAAAAUUAUCUAAUCGCCGGAUUCAACGCGCGUUGUUGAUCACUUUCCAUAAUCACAUCGAUGUUCGCUGACCGUGCAUCAAUCGCGAGAAAACGAGAUAGAUCGGUGGAUUGAUAGAUAGAGAGAAAGAUAGAGGGAAUAUGAUGUAACGACGCCAAAUAAUGAUGCCGAAUUAUGUAACAACUGUGUUAUACAGGCUGAAUAAUAGUAAUGCGAUUUAUCCAAUAUACCGGACACGUUGUUCAGAAAUUUUGGAGGCAAAGAACGAAUUUAAUGAGCUAGCUCGAACGAAAAAUGCAUAUGCGCAUGUGUGACAAUGUUAAAUAAUCUCUGUGACAUCUGAUCUAAAUAUUAUGACAAAUUAUAAAUACCAUAUUUUACAACUAAUCGAUCAUUGAUUAUCGAUCGUGUCUCUUUAGUUUCAUUUCAAUCGUCGAUGCAUACAAAACUUACUCGGAAUGAUAGACAUGCGUUAUUGAUCGAUGACUGCAUCGUUGGAAACGCAUGAUGGAUCGCGUGCAAUAUCGAUGACGCAUAUGUUAUCGUGUGAAUUAUUAUCAAAUAAAAAUCUAUAUCGAAUCUCCAGCUCUUUUGGAAGAAAUCGUGUCUUCCUGUGUCAACCAGAUCUGACAGAUAAUGACAACCAGAUCGGAAGAUCCGCAUCCGGAGAUUAUUGAGUCCGGAGGGAAGGAGAGAGACAGAGGAAAAAAUGUUGGACUCUGCAGAUUAAUAUUAAAGUUCCUAGCCAUUUAUUGGCGAUCCUUCAUCGUGAUAAUAUGGCCAUUAAUUUUGAUCCCGCUAGUGACGAUCGAGAAUGAACAGCUCCUCGCGAUGAAAUGUUUAUACGUCGUUGCGUUGAUGGCGAUGUUUUGGGUGACCGAGGUCCUACCAUUGCCCGUCACAGGCAUGAUCCCGGUGGUCCUGUAUCCGCUGAUGGGCAUCAUGUCCACCAAUGACACCUGCCUGUGCUACAUGAACGACACCACGAUGAUGUUUCUGGGCAGUUUGGUGAUCGCGGUGGUAAUCGAGAAUUCCGGUUUGCACAUGCGAGUGGCGUUACUCAUCAUCAAGACUAUCGGUUGUAGUCAUCGAAGGCUAACGUUGGGCCUGUUCUUCGUGACAAUGUUUCUCUCGAUGUGGAUUUCGAACACUGCCGCAACAGCCAUGAUGAUACCCAUAAUGGAAACGGUUCUAGUAGAACUCGAAGCGCAAGGACUCGGGAACAUGUUUAUCCAGAAAGACGGAGCGACCGAAGAGGAGGAUGCAGAGACAAAUAAAAGGCCAACGCAUAGCACUAUGGUGUACUACCUCGUCGCAGCUUAUGCGUCCAGUCUAGGUGGCAUCGGUACCAUUGUGGGUAGCGGUACAAAUUUAACGUUGAAAGGCUUUCUGGAGAAACGUUUUCCCGACAGCCCUGGUAUAAAUUUCGCCUCUUGGAUGCUGUAUUCAGUGCCACCCAUGCUGCUAAUGAGCUUCCUCACGUGGUUGUGGUUGCAAGUGAUGUACAUGGGUCUCUUCAGACCAGAGAGCAAGGAUGCUCGCGCUAUAGACAUCGGUCAACAAGGUGAGCGUGUCGCGGCUGCAGUCAUUCAGAAGAAAUACAAGGAACUCGGACCGAUCACGUGGCACGAAUCCUCGGUGGGUGUUUUAUUUCUUUUCGUGGUGCUCCUGUGGUUCUUCAGAAGUCCCGGGUUCAUGCCGGGUUGGGCCCAAUACAUCACGAGUUUAGCUGUCAAAGAUUCCACGGCGGCAAUAUUCGUGACGAUAUUAUUCUUCAUGAUUCCGUCGAAACUCGAUUUCCUGCGCGCGUUUGAUAAAGAUCCACAUAAACGACCCACGAAACCGUCACCCGGCCUGAUAACGUGGAAGAUGAUCAACCAGAAAAUGCAUUGGAGUCUGAUAUUCGUGUUAGGCGGUGGAUUCGCUAUCUCUGCAGGUAGUACUACGUCGGGUUUAUCGGCGAUGCUCGGUCAAUCUUUGAUCGGUCUGCAGAAGAUUAACGUGGUGGCGAUAUUGCUGAUCGUCUGCCUCUUCGCCGAGAACGUGACGGAAUUGACGGCUAACGUAGCCGUUGCAAAUAUUAUAUUGCCAGUAUUAGCAGAAAUGUGUGUGGCCAUCAAAAUACAUCCCCUGUACCUGAUGCUGCCGGCAGCUCUUUGCUGCUCGUUUUCGUUUCACUUGCCAGUUGGAACCCCACCGAAUGCGAUCGCUAGCGCUGCUGGACGUAUAAAAACGAGAGACUUUAUAAUCGCCGGUAUCGGGCCCAGCAUAGUCACGCUCAUCGUCACCGUGGCGGCGUUCUCCACGUGGGGUACAUACGUAUUCAAAUUAUCAGAAUUCCCCGAGUGGGCGACAUAAAAGGGCUCAUCGUUAUAGUCUCUCUCUAGAUAUUUAUUUACGCUUCGCGAACGCGAGAAGCGUGUCUUCCACAACGACAAGAGUUCUUUCUACUCGCACGUACAACAACGUUGAAUAUUUUUUAAUCUCAUACACGAAACAAAAUUCGUUCUCUCUACAUAGAUAUUUUCUUACAAAUUCCAAAGAUACGCUUUAAAGGAUAAACCUGCACGAUUGCAAAGUUCAACUUCCGCGACAAGAACGGACUGUGUAUCAAACCAUGUAUGUAUCAUAAAAGCAGAAGAUAAGUCGAAGAUAAGUAGUAUAUAUUUUAGAAUAAUUUCGCACGCGGGGUGAUAUCAACGUACAAUAGUACAUAUAAGAGCGAAUCCUCGAAUUAGGAAAUCGGAUAUUAAUUCUUAUAUCUGUCUCAUUAAUAAGAAAAAAAAACUAUUGACAAUACUAGUAUAGUAAUAAUAGUUUGUCAAAAAAUCCAUAAGUAUCUAUUUGCAUAUAUCAAGCAUAUUCGUAAAGAAUUCUCUAAAUUUCUUGAAGUGAAAACUGAACAAUCUCAUUUCAAAAGAGUGGAAUUUUACUCCAAAAGAGUGGAAUCUCAUUCUUUUGGAGUAAAAUGCCACUCUUUUGGAAUGAGAUUGUUCAGUUUUCACUCCAAGAAAUUUAGGGAGAAUAUAUAUGGAAUGGAAACUGAGUUGCAUAAUAUUACACUGUAAAAAAUUAUGUAAAGUAUUACAUAAAAAUAAAAAUUACAUUAUUUAUGUGAUUCUACAUAUGUUUUUACAGUGUAGCUUUACUUGCAUCUAAAUUUCUCAAAAACUCUUAAAUCUUAUAUAUCACUCUUUUACUUAUCAUUCGCAACAGUAUAAUAUCUAUAAAGAUUAAAAAAUUAGUACAAGAUGUGUCUCACACUGAUGUAAAACAAAUUUAAAUUUAAGCCGGCUACAGAGUAAAAGCCAGAUUAUAAAUGUAAUAUAUAUAUGUAUUUUUCUUAUAUUUUACACUUGGCAAGUGACAGAACACUUUUCUACUAAUCAAGAUAAAAGAGAUUAAGAAUAAUAUACUGAAUAUACAAUAAAUAUAUUCAAUUUCUCUUA